AGUUCCAUUCCACCUACCGCUUUUGUCUCCGCCAUAUCGGCUCAGAGGCUGCAGAGAGAAAUCAGUUGGUGGAGCUGGAGGAGCCGAUCCCGUACGUACCCAAAUCCUUUUGAUCUGUUCUCCUCAUUAUCAGCAUUUCGAUAAAAAUUGAAGUUUAAGGAAAAGAUUUGGAGACGAUGGCGAGCAUGGCUCGGCUUCUGCUUGGUUCCUCUCCGGUUCCCAGGCAAUACCAGUACCGCUUCAACCUUUCCAAUACUCCCUUUGCUGCUGCCGUUCCGUUUCCGCAUUCUUCUGCGUCCUCGUCUCUCCCCAAUCAACGCUUCCCUUUUAAUCUAAUCCACGCGAAGCAGCUCUCCGGACCCACCAACUUGCGUGGCAAAUCCGAGCUUCCAUUUGCCGGGGGAGGCGGUGGGGGAACCGAUGGGGUCGGACGCGGAGGAGGCGGCGAUCAUGGAGGAGAUGGGAGCGACCAUGGUGAUUCGUCGUCGUCGUCGUCUUCUUCUUCUGGGGCUUUUGGGAUUCUGGGUUUUCUUCUGAGUGGAUGGAGAUCGAGGGUUGCAGCCGAUCCCCAAUUCCCUUUCAAGGUUAUCAUGGAGGAAUUGGUAGGAGUCUCCGCCUGCGUUCUCGGAGACAUGGCUUCGCGUCCCAACUUCGGCCUCAACGAGCUCGACUUUGUUUUCUCCACGCUCGUUGUUGGAUCCAUAUUGAACUUCACGCUUAUGUAUCUUUUGGCACCAACCCUCUCCUCUUCUUCUUCUAGUCUCCCCGCCCUCUUUGCCAAUUGUCCCACGAGCCACAUGUUUGAACACGGUGCCUAUACCCUUCUCAAUCGGUUCGGGACUUUUGUGUAUAAAGGAGCUGUCUUUGCUGCAGUUGGGUUCGCCGCAGGGCUCGUGGGGACUGCCAUCUCAAAUGGGUUGAUGAAUCUGAGGAAGAAGAUGGAUCCCGAGUUCGAGACCCCCAACAAGGCCCCUCCGACGAUUUUGAAUGCGCUCACUUGGGCGACGCACAUGGGUGUUAGCAGCAACUUCAGGUACCAAACAUUGAACGGAAUCGAGUUCUUGCUGGACAAGGGGCUGUCGCCUUUGGCGUUCAAGUCCUCGGUGGUGGUUCUCAGGUGCUUGAACAAUGUUCUUGGGGGAAUGUCGUUCGUGAUAUUGGCCAGGUUGACGGGGGCACAGAGCGUCGGGGAGCCAAAGGCAGUUGCAGAAGGAGAGGUUGGCUCAGUUGCAGAGAAGGAGAAGCUCAUUGAUGGGGCUGAGGAUUUCCAGAGCAAUCAGUCGACUUACAAGUGAUAUGUUUCAUUUGGGUUCUUCUAUUUUCUUUUGGACGUGUUUUUCACAAUUUUCCUAUCCUUCUCCAUAUGUUCAUAACUUCGGCUUGGUUGUGGCGGCUUAUGCUGAUUAUAAUAAAAUUUAGCUGUAAUAAAAAUCUUAAUCCUAUCUAGGUGUUUUUAUUAUGGA